AAUUAGUUGCGUGUGGUAGCUUGUUGACAUCAGUACCGGGUACCGGAUGCGGAUGCGGAUACGUGCGUGGCCCGCAAAUCUCUCGCCAAAUCUCGACAAGUCCAGACUUGACGCGACCCGCAGUUCAUAGUUCAUAGUUUAUAGUUAAGAGUUCAGCUGUUGUUCAGUGGCUGGUGUGUGACAUACCCAUCUGACAUUUUUUUUUUUGUCAUCACUCUCUUCUGUCCAGCUGUGUCCGGUUUUCUUUUUUUUUUUUCUUGCCCGGAAUCACGUGUGUGUUGUUUUGAGUGCGAGUUUUAGUUGCCAGCAAUUGCCGCUGCCAGUUUGCAAUUAAAGACCAGCCCCAUGCAAAUGGCAAAUGCGAGUGGCUGAGGCGCUAAGGGACUAACUGAAGGACUAACUGAAGGACUAACCGAGGAAUAACCGAGGCAUAACCGAGGCAUAACCAGAGGCGAAAAUAUUAAAUACUAAAUGCCAGCUGCCAAGGGAAAGGCAGUUGCAGUUGCAGUUGCAGUUCAGCCCGCCUGUUGCCGUCGCCUGUCAGCAUUUUGCUGAAGUCACAGUGAAGUCCCAAUCGCAGUCCCAGUUGCCAUCAACAUCGCCAUCAGUGGCACAAGCACAAGCACCAGGACCAGCACCAGGACCCAUCUCCCUCAGGUGUCCUGAGCGACCAUCCAGCCACUUUGAGUGUGAACAGUUAUUGGCAUGCCACGCCCCCGCCCCCGCCAGACGUAGCAAAAGGGGCUGAAACAGGAGCAGGAGCAGGAGCAGGAGCGGGAGCAGGAGCAGGAGCAGGAGCAGGAGCAGGAGCAGGAGCUGGAGCUGAAGCCGGAAGAAGAAGCGUAAAUAAAUAUGAUAAAGCUUAAGAAUAUAUAAUAAAGGAGCGAGCGGCAGAGGAGGGAAAGUUUAAAUGAAAUAACGCAAUAUAAAAACAUAAAUAACUAAGGGAAGUGCCGAGCAAGAAGAAGCAGCGAGGAGGAACCCAGAAAAGUAGGCAACAAAAGCCGAGGCUGCCGAGUUGAGCAGUUGAAAAUCUACGCAGGCUGGCAGUGAGGCGCAUCCAUUUGGCCCACCAAAAGCAGGAGCAGAAGGCUAGAAGAGCAGGAGCUGGAGAAUCUGGCCCAGAGGAGGAGCAGUAGGAGCAGGAGGAGCAGUAGGAGCAGGAGGAGCGGAGCAACUGCAGCCGGACAAGAGAGAAUAGAGCUCAAUUACGCCGCCAAACUGUCGUGUCAGCAACAACGUGAAAUGUGCAAUUCCUGGCUGGUGCUCAUAAUUGCGCUCUCCGUUGUCGUCUGCCUGUGGAACUCGCAACAAACCGAAACAUCCAAAUCAUGCCCAGCCGAGUGCAUCUGCUUGUCCCAGACUCAAGUGCUGUGUAACACGGGCGGCCUCGAGCAGAUCCCGCUGCGCCAGCUGCCGGCGACGGUGGAGAACCUGGCGCUGACCAAGAACAACUUCCCGAUCAUCAAGCCGGACUCAUUCGCAGGGUUGCGGGCGCUGAAGAAGCUCUCGCUGGACGGGAACAACAUAACGCGGAUCAAGCAGUUCGCCUUCCGCGGACUGCCGCGACUCAAGGAGCUCUCCAUCCAGUACACGCCGCUGCAGAUGGUGGCCCAAUUCGCGUUCGCCGGUCUGCAGAACCUGUCCACCAUCCUGCUGAGCCACAACCAGAUCCAGCGGAUCGAGGGCAACGCCUUCGCGGGCACCUCGAACAUCAAGCUGAUACUGCUGACCAACAAUCCGCUGAUCCGCAUCGAUAGCUCGGCGUUCUCCAGCCUGACCAACGUGGGCCAUCUGAUUCUGCCCUCGGGCAUCCGCAGCAUCGAGCAGGACGCCUUCUUCGGCAUGGACACGGUGGGUCUGCUGAAGCUGGCCUACAUGGACCUCAAGGAGGUGGCGCCCUUCACCUUCCGCGGCCUGUCGAAUGUCCUGCUACUCACGCUGCAGGAGUCGGAUCUGGGGGUGAUUUGUGCGGAUGCCUUCACCGGGCUCACCCAGGUGGAGACACUGCAGAUCCUGAACAACAAGAUCGACUCGAUCGAGGAGCUCAACUUCACCAGCACGGCGGCCAUCAAGCAUCUCAAGUUCUUUGGCAACCACGUGCUGGAAACGCCCGAUCCCAACUCCAUCAUCAUCGACGGGGUGGAGCACCUGCAGCUGGUGAGCAACCACUUCCCCUGUGGCUGCCACAUACACACCCUACUGGACGGACCGCUGGCCGAGGGCGCCCACAAUCUGACCGACUUUCUGCAGAAGAACUACUGCAUCUCGCCGCUAGAGGUGAACGGGCGGGUGAUGAGCGAGCUGGACAUCGACUCCAUUGGCCGCUGCUCCGACCAGCUGACCAAAGGCAAUCUCGGCAGCUCAGCGGCCUCGCUGGCCCUUGGAAUCAACUCGAUGCUGCUCAUCGCGGUCGCCAGCUGCGCGGAGUGGCGUCACGUGCGGCUCCUGGCCAAUCGGCUGGCCCAGCUCCUGGGUCAUGUGGCCUGGCGACGUCGUCGGAAAAGGCGAAAGGGCAAUUAGGCGGAGAUGUUCUGCACCGAUUACCCGAGAGAACUGCAGACUUCAACUCGAGAUCAUUGAGGCAGCAGCAGCAGCAGCAGCUUCCCGUGAAUUCCUGAUAAUUCCCGAUCACCAACUCCGCCAGGGUAUCUGUCAUCCAUUGUACACCGCAUAAAUAUGUGGCGUUUAUGUAUCUGCACCGUAAAGUAAAAAAGCUGCAGAUUGCCAAAUGUAAAACUCUGCAGUUUUGCUAUCAUCAUGCGAAAUCUGAGAGUCUGAUGUCGCUCCAACUUCCCUUCUUGCCAUUUGGCAUUUGCCAUUUACCAUUUACCAUUUUCCAUUUACCAUACGCCGUUCCUCGCCAUCCUGCCCCAAAAAAUGCUGAACCCUAGGCUAAUCCUGCGACCAGGAUCCGACUGCAUCCUGCAUAUCCUGGGCCCGAGGGCCCAACUACGUUUGUUUGUUAGUUGUUUACGUUUGUGUUGCCAUUUCGUUCUGUUUGCGUUAAAUGCGAAACGCGAAAUGCUAAAUCCACAAUGCAAAAUGCCGAAUGCAGAAUGCCUCAUGCCUCAUGCAGCAUGCAGCAUGCAACAUGCAGCAUACAAAAUGCGGACUGCGGAUUGAACACUAAAUUAUUAUAUCAAAUUUCGAGUCAAAUGUGUGUAAAUCAUAAAGUGAACGCAUAUGGACGAUGGCAUAGACAAAAUCCGAUGUAAGCGUAUUUAAGCAUGUGUAUUUGUAUUUAUAUUUGAAUUUAUACUUGAAUUUGUAUAUGUGAAAGUUAAAUAUAUAUAUAUAUAUAUAUGAACCUAGCUGUAUGUGCGGAUGAACGCAAUUUUUUUUUUAUCAUAGUUAAUAGUUCAUAAAUAACUGGGAUAUUUAUUGGCCAAUUAAUAAAGAUGCGAACUUAUACAAACAUCUAGUACAUACAUAUAUUUAUAUAUAUAUGAAAAUAAACAGCGGCAGAGGCGCAAUCUGCACUACCUAGCCAGAUGGAUAAAGUAAAUGCAUAGAUGUGUGCAUAGAGAGAGUCUAGUCAAUUAAUGUCAUUGUAUCUUGUAUCUUUGUAUCUACGAUAGCUAUCUAGAAACCAAGCAAACAAGCAAACAAACAAACAAACAAACGAGCAAACAAGCAUUUGUACUUAUUUAUAAAUCGAGUGAAACUAUACGAAUCCGCUAUAUACGGAGCACACACUAUUAUUAUUAUAUAGAUAAAUAUGUGAUAAAACGUUUGCAAUGCCACAAACUCACAGAUCUGGGAUGUGGGCGUUACGGCUGACCAUACAUAUGUACAUACAUACAUAUAUAUGUACAUACAUACAUACAUAGCUAUAGUCAACCGUAGCGCCCACUUUUCCCGCACUGCAGGCUGUACAUAUCAACAGGUUACAGGUGGACAACUCUUAUCAAUUACUAACUCGCUUAUCUGAAGAAGUGUGAGCCGGUGCAAUGUACAUUUUAUAUAGCGAUGCCCAGACUAACCCGACUAUAUCUAUAAGUCAGCCUCCGAAACGCAAUUUCAUCUAACACAAAAUUAAAUGUAAAUUGUGUCGAUUUGUCCAAACAGUUUGCCGCAAAUCAAAUAAAACAAAACAAAACAAAACAACAACCGAUUUGUUCCGGCAAAUAGGAAAUGUUUCCGAGCAAAUUGUUUUCUAGGUGUAUGCGUACAUGGUAUUUGUGUUGUAUUGGCCUGUGAAUGUCUGUGUGUGUGUGUGUGUGUAUGCUAGUGUGUGUGUGUAUGCUAGUGUGUGUGUGCAUGCUAGUGCGUGUGUGUAUGCUAGUGUGUGUGUGUAUGCUUGUGUGUGUGUGUGAUUGCGUAUCCUUUUUUGAGGCCCAGGAGAAUUGUUAUUCCAAUUAGACGUGUUGACGAGCGAGAAAAAACAAAAAAAAAAACACACAACUUGUGCAAUAUAGUUCAACACUUAGAUAUAAUCAUCUACAUACAAACGAACAUAUACUAUCGACUAGAUAUGCAAAACUUUUUUUUGUCACCCAUAAUAAGAGAGAAGCAUAUUUCCUUGUCAAACCCAAAGCUGCUAUAAGAAUCCAACUCCUAUACAUAUAACUAAUAAUAAAACUAGUGAAAAGUAUCCAUAGAAACUAUCGAUUGUUAAUACUGCGAUAACGUCUCCGAUUAACUGUAAAAUAGCAUAAUUGUGUGACCCAUAUAAGUAAGUUCCCAUUUUCCAUUCCCGCUCCAGUUCCCAUCAUCAUUAUCUUAUGUCUAACCCAAAGGAGAGCCAUCAUAGCACACAUUGCAUUAUUAUACCCAAGGAGUAAUGUUUACUGUAGGCUAAAUAUGAGAUAUACAGGUGCAUAACGAUAACGGUAUCGAUUACGAUAAAUGGGAUAACAAGCUACAAAGAAAACUUAAAGAAGCGAAGGCAAACAAACACGAAUCCCGAACUAAACCCUAUGAAAAAUUAAUAAUCUAUAAUAAUAAUAAUACUAAUAAUAAUAAUAAUAAUAAUAGUCAAAACCUACUAUCGAUGGAGAAGCCAAAUAAAAAGAAUGAGCAAGACAAAAAUAAAACAAACAUAAUAAAUUCAAAAGCCAA